AGUACGGGUAGCGAGUCUAGUUAAGUUGUGAUGAAUCAAGAUGGCUGACAAGAAGGGAAAACCGAGCGCAAAUGGCAGCGCAAAACCGUCUGCAAAAGGGCCGUCUAACGACCAGAUUGUCGCUAAAUUUAACCAGCUAAGGCAGGAGCAGAGAGCGCUGAUGAGCAAGAUUGCUGAACUCGAAGGGGAUCAGAACGAACACCGACUUGUCAUUGAAACACUGAAAGAGGCCGACGCUGACAGAAAAUGCUUCCGUCUGGUGGGUGGAGUCUUGGUGGAGCGGACAGUGGGGGAGGUAGCGCCGGCACUGCAACAUAACAAGGAUCAGCUUGCGAAACUGUGUGAAGCCUUGACAAAGCAAGUGGAAGCAAAGGGCAAAGAGAUCAACGAGUACAGAGAGAAGCACAACAUUAGAGUCAAGGGAGAGCGCCCGAGCCAAGCACAAGAGGCCAAAGACAAAGCAAAUACACAGGGAGUGCUGGUCACAUCAGGAACAUAAUCCAAAUAUCCAUGUUCCGGGGGAUGAUGAACUGGUUUGCAACUGGCCCCUCACCAUGCAUGGUCGGAGGAGACUGAUGGCCAAAUUGCACUUUGUUUUAAGAUGAACUAAUUGUUAUCCAUGUCCCAGGCAAUAUUUGUUUAAAGCAACUGGCCCCAUACUGAGCACAGAUGUAACACCACCAGGUAUAAUAGGACACAUGCACACAGUAUUUAUAGUACAUGUAUCCUAUAAUCGUGAUGGCUUAUUUAUCCAUGUUCCGGGAAAACAACACCAGUACUGUUGUUUCAAGAAAUGACUAACAAAGUAAGACUGCAAUGAAUGACCUAAAAUGAAAGUGACUCUGAUGGAACCGCAAUUGAUGCCGAUACUGGCAAAUGAUACCUGCGUCUUCAUCUUGAAGUCUUGGACCCAGAAUGUAGGCCCUGGAUCCUAUUGUGUUCGUGGCCGUUUCGGGCAAUGAUCGCACAGGAGAAAGAACAGUUGUUUGAUUUGUCGAAUUUUGCGAAUGAAAAAGCUUAACCUGAGUUAGCAGUUCUUAGAUCCAAUGAAGUUGGCCCAUUGGCCAAACGACCGAGAACGGCUAGUCUUGGCCCAAAACUGGAUUCGGAUUUUAUUCCCCUUAUACAGCCGGUCCGUGACAAGUGAGGUUGCUAUCAAUGGGAAAAAAACUUGAAUCAAAUCCAGUCUUGACAAUAUCGGCAGCGCUUCCCGGGAAAUUCCGAGCAUACAAUAGGCGUACUGUACAACUGUAUUUUAGCUACAGCUAAUGCAUGCGUGUGAGGUGUGCUCGGAAUUUCCCGGGAAGCGCUGCCAAUAUUGCCAGGACUGGAUUUGAUUCAUCUUGUUGAUAGAGACAGCAGCAAGCACCUCUUUACCGUGGGGGCUGCAAAAGAGGUGAAUAAAAGCUUGAAACUAGUCUUCGACCAAGACUAUAGAAUGGCGGGACAAUGGACUCCAUGCAUGAACAUAGAGGGCGCUUUGUGACAACAUAUGAAAGACGCAGCGGGAGGGGCACACUGCGUGCAUGUAAUUGUUCGUGCACCUGUGGCGCGAUUAAUUUCAUUCUGAAUGGGCACAAAUCUCAUAGCGUCUUCGCGUGAGCGUCGGGCAUCGGCAGCUCUCUCUCCCAGUGGUCUCCCCCAACUUUCCCUCGGUAACCGUUGAGGGGGGGUACAGUACUUGUGCACAGAGUCCAGAAAGCUGAAGCACCUUGUAUCAAUUAUCCAGAAGAAUUUCAUUCGACCCGAUCUGUCGGUGACCUGCUGUCACUUUCAUGCAUUAUGGGCGCCCUUUCACCUAGCAACGACGUCCCAUGGGCAGGACACAUACAUUUCGCUGGUUGACUCGGCGCACCGUUCCUUGUGUGUGACAUACUUACACCAGGGGAUUUGUACUAUGUACACGCAGUGGCCGUGCUUCGCGGCAAAAUAUUGCAGUCAGACAAGAUGGCGUCGUUCAGUCACCCCUAACUGUACUUUCUUUGCCGGUGAGGGGGUACUUGUGAACGGAGCAGAUGCAAGGCCACCUAAUGGCCUUUUCACACUAGAGCCUUUCAACCUGGGUUGAACUCAACCCUGGGCGAGCCCUGUGCCGCCCCGGGUUGAUUUUUCAACCCCGGGUUUACUGCUGUUUGUUUCACACUUGUUUUGUGGAAACGAAACUUAUUUAGCUCGGUUGCUGUUUUAAACCCUGGCAAGUGUUUCAACCUGAGUUGAAAAAUCUCAACUCUGGUCUGGAGCAGGGUUGAGUUUAACCCGGGGCGAAAUCAAUUUCAAGGUUGACGCGGGGUUGGCGCGGGAUUUACAGUUUUCAAGUGUGAAUCACCACAUGUUUUCAACCUGUGUCAACCCGAGAUUUGUCCAGUAUGAAAAGGCCUUAUGUGUCACCCCUGAUGGUAGGUUUUAGUUGUAAUGAUGCCGGACCACUCUUGCUCUAUUAACUACGAUCCUCAUUGAGUUUCUUCUGCAAAUACCCCCUUUUAGUCAAAUGGCUCAUGGUUGUUAUUGUCAUUCUGCAAAUGUUACAUGGCGCUUGUUGUGUGAAAACUUUGUACAAUUUCUUAAUUAUUAAGGAUACUUGUUUAACUUAAACUUGCUAGUGGGAAUAUUUAACAAAUGUAUAUUGUUGAAUAUUCAUUCUUGUGGCGUGUGAAUUGUUUUGCAGUUUUCUGUUUGAAUGAAAAUAAAGUAGAUAGCUAAGUACUUAAAAAGUGCAGGCCUUUUUUUU